GCAGAAACCCUAGUUCCGAGUUGGAGUAGCUUGAACCCUUCCAACGAAGGAGUCUGCGCGAUGGGUGCCUACAAGUAUGUCUCUGAGCUAUGGCGCAAGAAGCAGUCAGAUGUCAUGAGGUUCCUUCAGCGUGUAAGGUGCUGGGAAUAUCGUCAGCAACCUUCCAUUGUUCGUGUGACAAGACCUACACGCCCUGACAAGGCCCGUCGCCUAGGUUAUAAGGCUAAGCAGGGCUAUGUUGUUUACCGUGUUCGUGUAAGGAGGGGUGGCCGCAAGAGACCAGUACCCAAAGGUAUUGUUUAUGGUAAGCCAACAAACCAGGGUGUUACCCAACUGAAAUUCCAGAGGAGCAAGAGGUCUGUUGCUGAGGAGCGAGCUGGAAGGAAGUUGGGUGGCCUUAGGGUCCUCAAUUCUUAUUGGGUGAAUGAGGAUUCAACCUACAAGUACUUUGAGAUAAUUAUGGUAGAUGUUGCCCAUGCUGCCAUCAGAAAUGAUCCAAGAAUCAAUUGGCUGUGCAAUCCAGUGCACAAACACAGGGAAUUGCGUGGACUUACUUCAGCUGGCAAAAGCAACAGAGGUCUACGUGGCAAGGGACAUCUUUAUCACAAAAAUCGUCCAUCCCGCAGGGCAACCUGGAAGAGAAACAAC